AUGUUUGCUUGCUUAUUGUUACUCAUUGUGCCGUCACAAUCUGUUGCAACAGAAUGUUCAAAAGGUUGUAGUUCGGGGUGCAUCUCAGACUACACAUGUAAGAGAUCGUGCUCUGAUAAUUAUGACCAAGAUAAUUCAUGUUUGCAUUGUUCGAUGAUAGACACUGUAAACACAUCCAAGCCUGUUUUUAUCAACAAUGACAACGAUUGUAUCAAGUCAACAAACAGAGUCCAAAAAACAUCUUGGCUACCCGAAGAAGACAACAUACAAGAAUUGUUUUUCAAAGAAAAGGUUGAAUUUAAUUUAAAUCAAAACAGUGAUGUAGAUUAUUCUUUCUGCUACAACAAACAGAAAUAUCGUAUUGGUAAGUGGUUUAAGUAUGACAUGGACAAUUUAACGACUGAUGUAGUGAAAUUAUCAGUGUAUAAAACAUCUUCAUGUGAAAACAACUUAAUCAUUGAUAUAACAAACUCCCCAAGAAGUUCACCAAAAGCAACCUGCAUCUCAUACACCUCGAUGAAUUACACUUACAAUGGAAGAGAAAUUAAAGUACCAAAAGUACGUCCACCAAAAAUUGAAAAUGGCGAAAAGUUUUACUAUUAUGUGUUCGUCUCCGUUUCACAAAUAUGUGAUGUGAAAAUAGAGGUUGAGGUGGGCAGUAAUAUUGGAAAAGAUGCCAAACCUUUCAUUGAAAUUGACCAGGAAAUUGUAAACAAACUUCAUGAGAAUUUGGGCACUGCCCUCGAGAUUUCAUUUCCGUUUGAAGCUGAAGGAUACUUUGCAUACCCGGUAUGUUUCCAGACCAGAAUGUACAAGUGUAUUUUGUUUACAUUGGAAUACGACGGGAACUACUCUUUGUUGAUUGAUGGGACUAAAUCAAAUAGAAUCAAUUUGCUUCAAGAAUAUAAGUCGACUGAAAACGAAGAUGGUUCACAAAAUAAUGAAUGUGUUUAUCUUUGGACAGGACAGCGUUAUGGUGUAUUGGCAGAAAGUCAAAAUUUGGGUGUUAUGUUAAAAAUCGGGGGAAGCCCAAACAAAAGGCACUUUGCCAUGAUCUCAACGGACCAAACAGCCUCUGUUGAGUUGCGCAUUUCUGUGAUAUGUCCAGACCACUGCGGUGAAAAUGACACAAAUGGAGCCAGAGGAACAUGUGUUGUUAGUGAAAAAAAGUGUGUUUGUAACCCAGGGUAUGGAGGAGACGAUUGUCACAAAUUGUGUUAUUACAACAAAGUUUGGCAAACCGACAACACUAAUUUGUGCUAUUUUGGAGCCCCCGGAUGUGACCAGUAUUGUCAUUGCACGGAAGGGAGAGCACUUAAAAACCACUUUUGUAUUACAAACGAAUGUUUGAGUGGAAAAACUGCCCCAAGUGAUGAGUGUAUAGCUGGGACAGAGGCGUUGAGAAAUUGUGUA